AUGAAAAUUGAAGAAGAGACCUUGCCCGAUUAUGCCGCGUCCCGGUACUAUCCUGCUCAGAUAGGUGAAAUCUUCCAGGACCGGUAUCAGAUUGUAGGAAAACUGGGGUUUGGAGCUAGCUCUACUGUGUGGCUUGCGCGGGACAUGAACUACCGUGGUUACGUUACCCUGAAGAUCUUUAUCAAGUCUGCAUCUAUGGGACAGCAAUUAGACGAUGAGCUCCAGAUGUAUAAACGCAUCGAGGGGGGCUCAAAAAAUCACCCUGGCCGCAGUGCAGUUCGGUCGUUACUUGACUCAUUUGAUAUUAAUGGGCCUGAGGACCAACAUCGGUGCCUUGUGCAUCCUCCAUUAUGGGAAAGUGUGCUGACCUUUCUGCACCGUAACCCUGCGCGGAGGCUGCCUGCGCCAGUCCUAGCAUUUGUGCUGAAGCGCCUGUUUUUGGCGCUGGACUACCUGCAUACGGAAUGCCAGAUUAUCCAUGCUGACAUCAAGGCCGACAAUAUCAUGUUUGGCAUCGCCGAUGAUUCGGUCUUCCAUGAUUUUAUGGAAAAUGAGCUUCAGAAUCCUUGUCCAAGGAAAGAGCUAGAAGGAAGAACUAUCUAUGUGUCCCGUGAGCUCAGAAUGCCCCGAGAAUGGGGUGCCCCAGUCUUAUGUGACUUUGGCUCGGCCAUACCUGGAGGUAUAGAGCACCUAGAAGAUAUUCAGCCUAAUAUCUAUCGCGCGCCCGAAGUGAUUCUGGAGGUCCCAUGGACGUAUAGUGUUGAUAUAUGGAAUGUGGGAUGUAUGAUUUGGAACAUUUUUGAGGGCGAGUCCUUGUUCACCGGCUAUGACCCGGAAUUCCAGGCUUAUCGAAGUCGGGCCCACCUCGCUGAGAUCAUUCGGCUGCUUGGACCUCCGCCGCCUAGUCUUCUUGCGGGAGGAAAGCUCCGCCAUAAGUUCUUUUCCAAUGACGGUGCCUUCUGCGCUGAAUUUCUGUUAGAAGACCGGAUUCCGCUUGAGCAAAGGGAGACUACUCUUCACGGACAGGACAAGGUCCGUUUCUUACGCCUCUUACAGAAGAUGUUACAGUGGGAGCCGACCAAGCGUAGCUCUGCUAGAGAACUGCAAGAGGACGAGUGGAUCCGCGAGAACCUGGAGAGUACGCAAUAA